GGUGUCAUGAGCUCCAUGCAGUCAGACUCUUCGACAAAUGUGACUAAUGUUCGUCCAGCAACAUUUUAUAUCAGUGAUUUUUCUAAUAUGCCACAUGCAAAAUACUAUUACAUGUUCUUGUUUUUAGUGUAUGUUGUGACUGUUCUGGGAAAUUCAUUCAUCAUGUCUACAAUUUAUUUGGCUCACAAACUACACACAGCCAAAUACAUUAUUGUUUUUCAUCUGGCACUUUCUGAUCUUUGUGGAAGUUCAGCUUUGAUACCCAAAAUCAUAGAAAUGUUUCUAUUUGACCACCAGGACAUUGCAUAUGAAGCAUGCAUGGCUAAUAUGUUUUCUGUGUAUCAUUUCAUGAAUAUGCAGUCUUUAACGCUACUUGCUUUGGCUUAUGACAGACUGGUUGCUAUAUGUUUUCCUCUACGGUAUCAUGCCAUUAUAACCAAACCAGCAAUGUUUCUGAUCAUUGGAAUGAUGUGGAUUGUGUCUCUGACUCUGUUUUCUGUACUUGUAGCUUUGGUCAACAGGAUCUCUUUUUGUCGAUCUAAUGUACUUCAUAGUUAUUUUUGUGACUAUGGCCAAAUCAUUGGACUAGCUUGUAAUGACAUUACUAUAAAUGUUUUUAUGGCCAACAUUACUUAUGGUCUCCUGAUUUGCACUCCACUCAUACUGAUCAUCAUCUCAUAUUUCUGCAUCUCUCUGGCUCUGCUCAGGAUUGCUCAUGGUGCGGACCGUAUCAAAGCCAUAAAAACAUGCACCUCACAUCUCAUGUUGGUGGCAAUGUUUUAUCUCCCAGUUUUAACCAAUAUUAUUGCAUCUGCAACAACACCUUUGCAUCUAAAUGUCCAGCUCAUUAACAAUUCCCUGACACAGGCAAUACCACCUAUGCUGAAUCCCAUCAUAUACACUCUGAAGACAGAGGAGGUCAUGCAAUCAAUAAAAGAACUGUACAGACGCAGUAAGGUGAACACAACUAGAAAUAGUCAAAUUAAAGGCUGCAGGAUGAAUUAA